AGCUGUGUUUUGCAUGUCACCUUUUACAGCUCCUAUGCUAAAAGGUUAUCGUGUGGUUGUUACCAACGGAGAGCCUGUAAUCAUUCUGGUGACAGAUUGGUUGGCGCAUUCAUUUGAUGACUUCUUAGGAAACACAAGUGUUUCCCCCAAUGCCAUUCCUGUGAAGCCACUCGAAGGCAGCUCUGGUAGAAACCAGCAGCAGAAGAAAGACGUGUCUUCUGUGACAGAAAGCAGAAGAAGCAAAGUUCUGCCCAGAAAAAGAGCAAAGUCGUCUUCAGUAGAUCUAUCUCGUAACAAGUCCAGACAAAACUGGAGCCAGUCUCAAGAUGAACCAUGGGUAGAUAGAUACAAACCUGAAACUCAGAAUGACCUUGCUGUGCAAAAGAAGAAGAUUGAAGAGGUUGAAGCCUGGUUAAAAAUGCACAUAUUACAGAGGCAGCCAAAGCAGGGUGGCUCUGUUUUACUGCUGACUGGUCCUCCUGGUUGUGGAAAGACUGCAACUAUACAAAUACUAGCAAAAGAUCUUGGUGUUCAAGUGCAAGAAUGGAUCAAUCCAAUAUCUUUAGACUUUACAAAAGAAGACUUAAGAAAUAUGUUUGGCCAUGACUCAAAUUUUCAUAUGUUUCCGAGUCAGGCCCAAGCAGCUGUCUUUCAAGAUUUUCUAUUAAGAGCAAAUAAGUAUAACAAACUUCAGAUGCUUGGGGAGUCCUCAGAAAAUGAUAAAAAGCUUAUUCUUAUUGAAGACCUACCUAACCAAUUCUAUCGAGAGCCUAGCAGCCUGCAUGAAAUUCUCAGGAGAUUUGUUCGUAUGAGUAGAUGUCCCCUUAUAUUUAUUAUAUCAGAUAACUUCAGUGGAGACAGUAAGAAGAGGUUACUAUUUCCAGUGGACAUUUUAGAGGAGUUGUGUAUAUCCACUAUUAGUUUCAAACCUGUUGCACCAACAAAUAUGAUGAAAGUUCUUAAUCGAAUUGCUGCAACAGAAGCUAGUUUGAACAGAGAAAAGAAUUUUACUCUUGACAGAACUUCUCUGGAGUUGCUUUGCAGAGGUUGUUCAGGUGAUAUAAGAAGUGCAAUAAACAGUCUUCAGUUUUCUUCUAUGAAAGACCACUCAUUGGAGAAGGAGUUUUGGUCAAAGAAGAAAAGGAGCUCCACAGUAAAACAUGAAGCGGCAGCAGCAGUAGUAGGAAAGAAAAGUAAAGGUGAUACUUCAGAAGACCAGGAGAUACAAGCUAUUGGUGGCAAAGAUGCUUCCAUUUUUCUUUUCCAUGCUCUGGGGAAAAUAAUUUACUGCAAAAGAGAACCAGUAUCAGAAUUUCCUCAGCUGCCUGCUCACUUAUCAGAUCACCGCCGGGACACCUUGCUUAUUCAACCUGAGGAUAUUGUGGAAAAAUCACAUAUGUCAGGAAGCAUGUUUAAUUUAUACCUUCACCAGAACUAUGUAGACUUUUUUUCUGAUAUAGAUGAUGUAGUGAGAGCCAGUGAAUACUUGAGCACCGCUGAUGUCCUUUGUAGUAACUGGAGUACACAGCUUGUGAUGGAAAAAUACAGUGCAUCUGUGGCCACCCGAGGGGUGAUACAUUCAAAUAUGUCCAGAGCCUUUGCCCACCACCAAGGAGGGAUGGGGUUCCGGCCUCUACAUAAACCCCAGUGGUUCUUUAUCAAUAAAAAGUAUCAAGAAAAUUGCCUUGCUGCAAAAUCUCUCUUUUCAAGCUUCUGUUUACCACCUGAGUGUCUUCAGACUGAGCUAUUGCCUUAUCUUGCUAUGUUAGCAAAUCCAAUGAGAAAUCAAGGUAAGUUGAGU